UUCAUUAAAUUGAACAAUGGAAAGCAUGAGCUUCGUCCUCGCGGCUCUCUUCCUGCUCCUGAUCCCCAUGGCGGGCAGCAGCCCCCCGCCGGAGCCGGUGAUGUGCACCCACGGCACCUCCGGCUGCAUCAUCACCAACUCCUACGGCUCCUUCACGGACCGCACGGUCUGCCACGCCGCCAGCGUCACGUACCCGUCCACCGAGGAGGAAGUCAUCGCCGCCGUGGCCGCCGCCGUGGCCGCGAAACAGAAGCUCAAGGUGGCCACCAAGCACUCGCACAGCAUCCCCAAGCUGGCCUGCCCCGGCGGCCAUGACGGCGCAAUCAUCAGCACGGCGCGGCUCAACCGGACGGUGCGUGUCGAUGCCGCCAAGCGGCUCAUGACGGUCGAGAGCGGCAUGCUCCUCCGGGACUUGACCGAGGCGGCGGCCGCGGCGGGGCUGGCGCUACCGCACUCGCCCUACUUCUAUGGUGUCACCAUCGGCGGCCUCCUCUCCACUGGUGCGCACGGGAGCUCCCUAUGGGGCAAGGGUGGCGCCGUGCACGAGUACGUCGUCGGGAUGAGGAUCGUGACCCCUGCGCCGGCAAGCAAGGGGUUCGCCAUGGUUAGAGAGCUCUGCGCUGGUGACCCGGACCUGGAUGCGGUGAAAGUCUCCAUUGGCGUCCUCGGCGUCGUCACCCAGAUCACCCUAUCCUUGCAGCCGUUGUUUAAGCGGUCGUUGACCUUUGUAUCGCGCAACGACUCCGACUUUCCGGAGCAGGUCGCCUCCUGGGGCCGGCUCCAUGAGUUCGGCGACAUCGCCUGGCUGCCGGCUCUGGGCAAGGUGGCAUACCGAGACGACGACCGCGUAGAUGUCUCCACGCCGGGCAACGGCCGGCUCAACCAGGUGCUCCUCUUCCGCUCCACUGCCACACGCGAGGCCAUCAAAGCGAGAGCUUUGGAGGAGCGGUUGCAGCAGGCGAACGCCACCGACGCCGCCCGGUGCGAGGACUUGCGGCGGCAAGUGGCGGCGGUGCAGCGGCUCGGCAACGGCUUCACGAACGACGGCGUCUCCUUCACGGGGUUCCCCGUGGUGGGGUACCAGCACCGGAUCCAGGCGUCCGGCGGGUGCAUCGACAGCCCGGAGGACGGGCUGGCCACCGCCUGCGUCUGGGACCCACGCAUCCGGGGCAGCUUCUUUGAGAACGACGGCUUCAGCGUCCCGCUCUCCAAAGCGCCGGCGUUCAUCGCGGAGAUGCAGAAGCUCAGGGACCUCAACUCGGCGGCGUUCUGCGCCGCCGUGGACCCCCGGCUCGGGGUGUUCCUCCGCUACGUGAAGGCGUCCACGGCGUACCUCGGCAUGCCGGAGGACUCGGUCGUCUUCGACAUCGUCUACUACCGGAGCCGCAUCGACGGCACGCCGCGCGUGCACGCCGACGUGGUGGACGAGCUGGAGCAGCUGGCGCUAACCAAGUACGGCGGGCGUCCGCACUGGGGGAAGAACCGGGACUUCGCCUUCGAUGGAGCCAUUGCAAAGUACCCGGAUGCCGGUAAGUUCCUUAAGGUGAAGGGAAGGUAUGACCCGGACGGGCUUUUCUCCAGCGAGUGGACGGACAAGGUGCUUGGGAUCAGUGGGAGCCCGAGCAGCAUCGAGAAGGGCUGCGCCAUUGAAGGGCUUUGCGUCUGCUCCGAGGACUCGCACUGUGCGCCUGAACUGGGAUACUUCUGCCGGCCCGGGAAGGUGUAUAAGAAGGCCAGGGUUUGCUCCUUCCAACCAACUGGUCACCGGGCUUAGGAGUGGCAAGCUACCUGGCCAUUGCUUCUUCCAUGAACAAAUAAAACAAGUACUGCAUGUGACACUAUCAAAUUUUUUUUUUUCGUGAACAGGCUGCAUGUUGUGGGUCUUUGUAACUACUGCAAUCCAUCGUGAAAUAAUUGUGUUGUU